GAUCGCUCUCUGGAUGUAGAUAGCUAGCUCUCGAUCGACAUGUUGUUGUAACAGGCCUAAAACAAAAGGAAGCCGGCCCCUGCCACCGGCUACUGACCCGCCGCCACCGGCCACCGCCGGCGCCGAAGGCAACAACUGCUCGUUAGCCAGGAUGGCAAUCGCGGUCGGUCACUGCCACGACCUCAAGCCCCCCACUGCGCGCGGCAGGCACUGCCGUCUCCACUCCGUCGCGCAGCUCGACAGACCUCUGCUCGACAGGGACCACCAGGAGCGCGACGCCGCCACAGUCAUCGCGGGCCACAACGGCCUGUCCCCUCGGCGCCGGAGCCAAUCCUCCCCGUGCUUCACGACCGUCGCGCCCGCCGGCACCGACCACACGGAGCAAGCCGAGAAGAAGAUGCCGCGCGUGGAGAUCGUCGCGGGACGCCACGCCCGUGGCGUGCGAGAGCUCAUCGCGGAGGCCGCGGGCGCCAUCGCGUCGGGGACACGGCUGGUUCCCGCGCAGAGCGGCCUCGGCGGGGCGCUGCUGCUCAACGACGGCCGCUCCGGCGAGCACGUCGCCGUCAUCAAGCCUCUCGAUGACGCCACCGCAGCGGCAGGUUCGCCGGCCCACGGGGGCUACGCGAGCAAGGCCGUGCUGCGGGAGGUGGCCGCCUUCCUCCUCGACCACGACGGCUUCGCCAGCGUGGAGCCAACCGCGCUGAUCAAGAUCUCGCGCCCCGCGAUGCCGACGACCAUGGCCUCUAUCCAGCGGUUUGUGGCGCACGAGUACGACGCCGGAGAGCUGGGCCCGUCGCGGUUCUCGGUGGCGUCCGUGCACCGCGUCGGCAUUCUCGACGUCCGCCUCCUCAAUAUCGACCGCCACGCCGGCAACAUCCUCGUCAAGAAUCCACCGAGAGGCCAGCGCGCAGAUGGAAGCACUUCGCCGCCACCGUUUGACCUCGUGCCGAUCGAUCACGGCCUCUGCCUGCCGGAGCAGUUCGAGGACCCGUACUUCGAGUGGCUGCACUGGCCGCAGGCGUCGCUGCCGUUCUCCGACGCCGAGAUGGCGUACGUCGCGUCGCUGGACCCGUUCAAGGACGCCGAGAUGCUCCGCGCCGAGCUGCCGUCCCUCAACGAACCGGCCAUCCGGAUCCUCACCCUCUGCACCAUCUUCCUGAAGCGCGCGGCCGCGGCGGGGCUCUGCCUCGCGGACAUCGGCGACAUGAUGACCCGGGAGUUCACGGCGAUGGGUGAGGAGGGGCUGAGCACGCUCGAGGCCCUCUGCAAGCGAGCCCACGACUCCGUCCACCCGCCACUGUCCUCUCUCGCACCCCCCUCACCCGACGGCGACGGCGUCGGCGAGGGCGUGAGCGGGAGGGAGCGCAUGUCGUUCAAGCACCUGAGCGGCGAGGAGUGGGCUGCGUUCCUUGUGAGGUUCGAGCAGCUGCUGCCGGCGGCGCUCGAGGCCAAGAAGCGCGCCGGGCUGAAGUCCUGGAGCUGA